AUGUCGCUUAAGCCGCUGUCAGAGACAGUUGUCCUGAUUACAGGCGCAAACCAAGGCCUUGGCUAUGAAUGUGUGAAGAAGCUCGCCGCGGAACAAUCCAACUUUCGCAUUCUCGUCGGAUCCCGAGAUCCUAUAAAAGGCGAGGCAGCGGUAGCGCAGAUACCAGCGACUGCCAGCAAUACACGGGUUGAAGCUAUCCAGCUCGACAUCAAUUCCGACGAGUCAAUUGCUGCUGCUGUCAGUCUCGUUGAGUCCAAAUAUGGACGAUUGGACGUUCUUUUCAACAAUGCUGGUAUCAUGUUCGUGAGGGAACAAAGUGUUCGUGCCGAGUUCCGCAGUAUUUUGGAAACCAACACUGUCAGCGCUGCCUGUGUUACGGAAGCCUUCAUUCCCUUGCUCAGAAAGGCUGCGGUCCCUCGGCUACUCUUCAUGUCUUCCGGCCUGGGGUCUAUGACUCUAGCAACCCUUCCUUUUUCGCCAUAUUACGAUUGUGAUUUCAAAGCCUAUUCAGCCUCCAAAGCUGGACUAAACAUGAUUGGCCUUCUGUAUGCGAAAAAAUAUCGUGGCGAAGGUUUCAAGGUCAACCUCAUCGACCCGGGUUUCCGAAAGACAAAUUUGAACGGCUUCAACAACAGUGGUGGAGAUCCCGCCGAUGGUGCCGUGGAGGCAUGCCGUCUCAUUGCGGAUGACUCGAAAGACGGCCAACAUGGCACUUUCACAGCCACUGAAGGUCUCACACCGUGGUAA